UUGAAAUCCGGAAGUGUUUUGAAACAUUGUAGCAGGUUGACACAGCGAGAGCGCGUUUGCGUUGCGUUCGCUUCUGUUUCUGUUUCGCGCGGAUUAUGAGAGCGCGGGAAGGAGGUGCUGAGGGCCGCGUGAGCUGAGUCACCGUGAAUCAUCUAUAUGGGCCAUUUUCUCUCAAAAAAUGGUUACGGCCUGAAGAAGAAAUCACGGAAGCUGCGCAAGAAGAAGAAGAGGAGGAACUGCUUCCUUCAAGGUCCCUGUAUGCUGUGCUUCAUCGUGCACGGCAGCAGCGGGAGCGUCGAGGACGAUUGGCCCUUCGAGAGCGCGGCGGUCUCCAAACUCGCCGAGCGCUACGUUUCACUGAACUCGCCCGAGGAGUGCGCCAGGUUCCUCCUCUCUCCGGGAGAGCUGGCCGUUUGGGAGGGCCAGGGUCGGAGUCUGCUCUCCAAGCUGAUCGGGCCCCCGGCGCUGUUCUGUGCCGUCGUCCCUGACUAUUCGGAAAUGGUGUGCAAGCGUAAAUGUGCUGAGCUGCAGCGGUGUACUCCCCGCAAGCAGCCUCGCUGUGCCUUCCAGGAGGCCAUGGAGAACGGAGAGGAGCGAGGAGACAGCCGGUGCCUCCUCCCUUCGCUGCCUUCAUCCUCCUCCUCUUCUUCCUCUCCUUCAGAGGAGGACGGCUCCGGCGAGGGGCGGCAUACAGAUGCGGGCAGCGCCUCGACUUCUUCCACCUCCUCCUGCUGCUGUCAGCCGUCUCAUAACGAGAGCUCGGAGGAGACGAGGAGCGCUGAAAAUACAGACACGUCCCACAUUAACCAGCUGCCCUCCUCUAUACUGCUCAAGGUGUUUUCUCACCUGUCGGUGAAGGAGCGAUGUCUGGCCGCGUCUCUGGUCUGUAAGUACUGGCGCGAUCUCUGCUUAGACUUUCAGUUCUGGAAACAGAUCGAUCUCAGCGGCCUCCAACAGGUUAAAGACGAUCUCCUGGUGAAGAUCGCGUCCCGGAGGCAGAACGUCACUGAGAUCAACAUCUCCGACUGCCGUAACGUUCAGGAUCACGGCGUCUGCUCUCUGGCGUCCAACUGUCCCGGUCUGAUCAAAUACACGGCGUACCGCUGUAAGCAGCUCAGCGACGUGUCUCUGUGCACCGUGGCCGUCCACUGCCCGCUCCUGCAGAAACUUCACGUCGGCAAUCAGGACAAACUCACUGACCACGCUCUCAAACUGUUGGGCGAACACUGCAAAGAGCUGAAGGAUGUGCAUUUUGGCCAGUGCUACAGCAUCAGUGACGAGGGUCUGGUGGCGCUGGCGCAGGGAUGCAGCAAACUACAGAGGAUCUACAUGCAGGAGAACAAACUGGUGACAGAUAGGUCGGUGCAGGCGUUUGCGGAGAACUGUCCGGAUCUGCGGUUCGUGGGCUUCAUGGGCUGUUCUGUGACGUCUCAGGGCGUCAUUCACCUCACCCGGCUGCAGCACCUGAGCAGUCUGGACCUGCGGCACAUCUCUGAGCUCAACAACGAGACUGUGAUGGAGGUGGUGAGAAAGUGCAGGAACCUGACGUCCCUCAACCUCUGCCUCAACUGGACCAUCAACGACAGGUGUGUGGAGAUCAUCGCUAAGGAGGGUCGGAGUCUGAAGGAGCUCUAUCUGGUGUCCUGCAAGAUCACCGAUCACGCUCUGAUCGCCAUCGGUCAGUACAGCAGCACUAUUGAGACGGUGGACGCCGGCUGGUGUAAGGAGAUCACGGAUCAGGGCGCCACGCAGAUCGCCAGGAGCAGCAAGUCUCUGCGUUACCUGGGCCUGAUGAGGUGUGACAAGGUGAACGAGGAGACGGUGGAGAGACUGGUGCUGCAGUAUCCACACAUUGUGUUCAGUACAGUGAUGCAGGACUGUAAGCGAACGCUGGAACGAGCCUAUCAGAUGGGCUGGAGCCCCAACACAUCCACGGCCUCCUAACACACACACACACACACACACAUGAACAUGACGCCACCGCAGAAUCAUUAUCAUUACUAUGCCGUUUACUCCGCCUUCCAACAUUAUGCAGCAGAAACAUCAAUAUUAUUUGAUUUGAACACAAAUAUGUUCAUGCACACAUGACUCUGACAUGCAGCUCUGCAUUUAUUUGCAUUUGCAACCUACUGAGUCGCACUAAACCCGUCAGGAGCUUACUCUAAAAAUCCAGAGUAAGAAAUAAGACAUGAGGAGAAAAAGUUUUUUUGGGACCACAGGAUUUUUGCAUCGUGACAUUUCCCUGCAGCUCUCAUUAUCGUGACUCAUCUGGACAUUCGUCUUUUCUGAUUUGUUUGUUAUUCUCAUUAUCAUCAGAUGUGAUUUUCAUUAGAUUCUCAUUAUUGAAACACACUCAUUUUACUACAGUACGAGGGACGUUUCUGUAACAGAGUUAUUAAAUAAAAAACUAAAUCCAGUACACAUACAACCAUGGUGUAGAAAUGCUUCAGAUUGCAUAAUUUUAUUACUACACUUUUUUUACUCUGUAUUUUUGUCUGGUUUUACAGUACAAAUAUCUAAACAUUUUUAAAUCAAGACAUUUGCUUAAGAUGAAUUACUUAAAACAUUAACUCUUGUUUUAAAAAAAAACAAAAAUCUGAAAAAAUGAAAAUGUAUAGUUUAUAUUUAAAACAAGAAAAUAUAUCUACCACUGAAAAAAUAAUAAUUAAAAAAUAAAUAGAACAAUAAACUUUUUUUUCUGACCCCACAGGCAGAUAUUUGUUCUUGUUUUAAGCAUAAAGUAGCUUAAUUAAAAAAAAAUAUAUUUUCUUUCAGAAAACUGUGUACUUGACAUCAUUUUGUUUUUAAAGUAAAUAUAUCUUGAUUUAGUAACAUUUAGAUAUUUGUACUGAAAAACGAGACAAAAAUAUUUUGCGAUUGUUUUUGCAGUGUAUUAUUUGCAUUGCAACAGUGAAACUUUUAGGAUAAAUGUGUAUUUAAUUAAUAGUAACAAUAAUGUUGCAAUGCAAAAAAAAACUUGAUUUUCUUGCAAAAUAAUGUCUUAUUUAUUUCUUGUUAUUUUGUAUGAAUUGGGACUUCUGUCAUGUUCGUUCCUGACCGGUUUCGUGCGAUUCUCCUCUUUAGACUUCAGUUAGUAGUUUCGCUUGCGUCUGAGUUCAUUUAGACACGUUACACUUUCAUUAGAAGUUUCACAGCCUGUAUUUCUCUCAUUGUUCCCCUCUUCAGCGAACGCUUAGAAGUAUGAAACGAAAUGCUGUUCGGCCGAUUGAGCGUCAUGUUGAAGCUCUGCGAGUCACGGGACGAAGCGAACGCUCUGUUGGAGCAGCUCUGAUGCUGUAUGUGAUGUAGAUGUAGACGUGAAGACGCAGGCCUCGUGUUAUUGAUUUCGUUUGAUCUUGUGAAUCUGUAACCCUGUGGUUUGGAGUUUGUUUUGGAUGUAAACUGAUAUAUGAGGUUGUUUUGUUUUUUUGUUUUUUGAGGUAUAUCCACCAUAUGGAUUUUUGCAUAACCUAUGAAUAUUUAAGGAUGUACUGGCCUGGAGUGUAAGUGAGUUUGCAGUCGAGAGGUUAGUUAGUUAGUUAGUUAGUUUACUCAUCUACCCGUCUUCUGCUCCAUAGCUUGCCUCAUUCAGACGAGCAGGGUAUUUUUCUAUGGUGUCGUAGGAGGAAGAGUUUAGUUACAGCCUUGAUCUUUUACUGUACUGGAGGAUUUGAGUCAAUUAAAAAACACAAUUCUACUU